AUGUCCGACCCGGAUCCCGACCCUCAGCUUCAGCCCGAAAAACAAUCAACUCACGACCCAACCUCGAUCACCCCCACCGAGAAAGCCUCCGAUGCAUCCAAGAAGCCCGGCCGAUUCGAUAAGACUUUCGAAUCCGAGGAAAAACCAGUCCAUGCGCUGGUUGAUAUGAGUCUGAUCCAGCUCAAGGCGGAGGACCUCUACGAUAAGGAUAAGGUCGAUCUGGAACAGGUCGAGCUAGAUGAUGUUUGGGCACUCUUGCAAUGUACCGAAGAGGGCCUCACCGAAGCCGAGGCACAACGUCGGCUCGAAAUCUUUGGACCCAACAAGCUUGAAACCAAGGAAAUAAAUCCAUUCUUGCAAUUUCUUGGUUUUAUGUGGAAUCCGCUUUCCUGGGUCAUGGAAGCUGCCGCCAUCGUCGCCAUCGCCUUAUCUAACGGUGAAGGUGAACCCCCGGAUUGGCAGGAUUUCGUCGGAAUCGUCUUGCUGCUGUUGAUCAACUCCGCGAUCGGAUUCUACGAAGAAAGAUCUAAAGGGUAA